AUGUCUCCUCAAACCUCAAACAUGGAUCCCGUAUUCGUCCAAGUCGAUGUGCAUUUCCAUAGAAUCUUUGCAAAAUACCCCAUACGCUACACCGGGGGGAUAUCUCAGAGGUUAUCAAACAUCGAUUUCGUAGGCAUGGACAAGAUCGGGUGUUAUGAAUUUAUCGAAAGGUUCACCAGAGAAAAGUGUACGAAGCUCUAUUACUACCAACCAAAUAUUCAUUUUCCAAAAGGUCUGACCUUAAUUUUGAAUGAGUUUGAUUAUGUUGAUUUUAUAGCAAUAGCGUAUGAAUGUGGUGCUAUACUGCCCAUGUAUGUAGACCAUUUUGGUAAUACUAGCAUGCAUGAAUGGUUGGAAGAACACAAAGAAGAGGUAGUUGAUAGCAUAGUGGAAGAAGUUCUUGAUGGUUUAGGAAUAGUUAAAGAAAUUAAGACAAAUGAGGAUAACCAUAACAGACCUUAUUUUAUCAAAAAGGAUAAUGGCCUUGAUGUCGAAAUGGGUGACAACGCAACUUUGGGGGGCCCUUUGGAAGAAGCCAUGGAUGAGGAUGAAGAUGUUUUACCUCAGUUGCCAAACAUUUUCAAUGAAAAGCUUCACUGGAAGGAGCAGGGACCUCUGCAACUAUGCUAUUGCAAAUGUUGUGGCAUUGUUGUAAGUAUGAGUCAGUGUAGGAGAGCCAAGAAGUAUGCAUUGAGUCUAGUUGAAGGCACAAUUGCAGAAAAUUAUGCUAGAAUAUGGUCUUACGGUGAGGAGAUUAAAAGAUUAAAUCCUGGUUCCAAUGUUAAAAAUUUAUGGAUACAAUGCCUGAUGGUAAGAAUUACUUCAACAAGAUUUACAUAUGUUUUGAAGCAGUCAAAGAAGGGUGGUGUGGAGGGUGUAGAUGGAUCAUUAACUUAG